GGAGGUGCUGCAGGGACCGGCGGUCUCUGAAGGGUCUCUCAGGGGUUUUCGGGGUCUCUGAGGGUCUCUCGGGGGUCUCCGCGCCCCGGGAGGCGCUGCUGCCGGCAGGGAUGUGUAUUUAGCGCGGUUUUAGGGCGCGGGAGGCGCUGCCGGGUCGCGCCAUGGAUGUCAGUGGCCUGAGGCCGGAGGGGGGUCCCGAGCAGCCGCCGCCGCGCCCCUCGGUCCCCUCGGCCGAGCAGGUGCUGCUGCAGGCCCGGCUGUCGCUGUCCGGUGGCCCCGGAGCCCUCAGGGAGCUGCUGGAGGCGGCGGACCCGCGGUGGCUCGUCCUCGGGCCCGGCAGCCCCGCGGCGCUGGGCGAGCUGGCGGCCGCGCUGGGCGAGUUCGCGGCCCCCCCGGGGCGGGAGCAGGACGGAUCGGAGCCCCCCGGCCGGGGCAGGGAGCACGCUGCUGCGGCAGAGAGGGCGCAGCAGGUGGGCGCCGUGUUUGCCCUCCUGCUGAAGAAGCUGGAGGAUGCCAGGGGGAGCCAGGAAUGCCCCGGGGCGCCCGCGGUGGGUCCCGCGCUGCGCCGUGUGCUGGGACACAUCUACGUCUUCGCUGUCACACACCUCGAGGAGCGGCCCUGGACCACCGAGAGGAGCCGGGCGGUGGCCCGGGAGCUGCUGGAGACGCUGGUCCGGGCCGCGGGCUGCGCGUCCGUGGCUGAAUUCCUGCGGGGAAAGGAGGAGGAUGAGGAUGAGGAAGGAAGGUUUGGAGCAGUGAUGGGGCUCCUGAAACAGGAGUUAACCAAGGACACCUGGAAGCGCAACCCUGCCACCAAACACGUGUUCUGCUGGACGCUGCCCCACGUCACCCGGCCCUGGCUGGGCCCUCACCUGGAGCGGGUCCUGCCGCCCUCACUGCUCAUCUCCGACGACUUCCAGGAGGAGAACAAAGUGCUGGGAGUGCGGUGCCUGCACCACAUCGUCCUCAACGUGCCAGGUGCAGAUCUGUGCCAGUUCAACAGGGCCCAGGUGGUGUUCCAUGCCCUCUACAACCACCUCUACUCCCGGGAGGCUCCUCUCAUCCAGGCAGUGCUGCUGUGCCUGCUGGACCUGCUGCCCAUCCUGGAGCGAUCCCAGCGGCACCAGGGGCACCAGGGCCAGGUGAGACCCCGCUCCCAGUGCGACGAGGUGCUGCAGCUGGUCCUGACACACAUGGAGGGGGAGCAUCGGCUGGCGCUGAGGAGGGUCUACGGGGGGAUCCUGCCCGCCUUCGUCAGGAGACUCGGCAUCCUGGUGGUGCGGCACCUGAAGAGGCUGGAGCGAGUCAUCCUGGGCUACCUGGAAGUCUCUGAUGGCCCUGAGGAAGAAGCCAGACUGGGAAUACUGGAGACACUGCAGUGCACCAUAGAGCACGCCUGGCCCAGGAUGCCCUGCAGGCUCCCCGUGCUCCUCAAAGCCCUGCUGAGGCUGAUCUGGGACGUUCACACGGACCCGGGCCCGACGCCGGAGCCCGUCAGAGCCACCCUGCUCCAAAGGGCCACCCAGUGCCUCAUCCUGCUGGAUCACUGCUCCAGAGGGCAGGUGAAGGUGCUGCUGGAAGGGGUGUACAGCAGCUGUGAGGAGAACCGUGUGCGGGAAUGCAUCAGGAAGGUGCAGGAGAGCACGUGAGGAGGCUGACAGCACCCACCCCAAUUUUGUACAGUAAAACUGGUUUAUUUAUUUAAA